AUGCAGUUUCUCCUGCUUCUGUUGACCUUUCUUCUGCCCCCUGGGGCUAGAGCAGGAGAAAUCAUUGGAGGCCAAGAGGCCAGGCCACACUCCCACCCCUAUAUGGCUUAUCUUCAGAUCCGAACUCCGUUUGGUACAAAAUCUUGUGGGGGGUUCCUGGUGCGAGAAGACUUUGUGCUGACAGCGGCUCACUGCUUGGGAAGCCCCAUAAAUGUCAUCUUGGGGGCCCAUAACAUCCAGAGGCCGGAAAGAACUCAGCAGCAUGUCGCUGUGGUCAGAGCCAUUCCCCACCCUGAAUAUAAUCCACAGAUCAACGUGAACGACAUCAUGUUGCUGCAGCUGAGAAAUAGGGCCAGACGGAAUCGAUUUGUGAGACCCUUGGCUCUGCCUCGGACCCAGGCCAGGCUGAGGCCUGGCACCUUGUGCACUGCAGCUGGCUGGGGCCUGCUUGACGUGAACAGGAGAACAAGCAUACUCCAGGACGCGCAGCUGAGGGUGCAGAGUGAUCAGGAGUGCAGCAAUCGCUUCAAUUUCUACAACAGCCAGAUACAGAUUUGUGUGGGGGAUCGAAGGGAACGGAAGUCUGUCUUCCUGGGGGAUUCUGGAGGCCCCCUCGUGUGCAACAACGUGGCCCGAGGCAUUGUCUCUUAUGGAAAACGGGACGGGACUCCUCCAGCAGUCUUCACCAGGAUCAUAAGCUUCUUGUCCUGGAUAAGAAGAACAAUGAGACGCUUCAAACAACAAAGUUAA